CGGCAAGAUUGGGAACCUGUUGAUUUGGAAUUAUGAAGCUGUUGGUCCUGGGGCUGGUUCUGAUGAACUGUGCAGCCUUUCACUGCCAAGGCACAGCGGGUCGAAUCAUUGGAGGGUACACCUGCCCACAAAACUCCAGAGCCUAUCAGGCAGCCAUUGUGAUUGGAUUCAGAGGCAACUUGAAAAUUUACUGUGGAGGGAUCUUAGUGCACCCGUGCUGGGUGCUCACAGCAGCCCAUUGCAAACCCAGAUUAGGGUUGAGGGUGUGUCUAGGGAAGCAUAACUUGAGGAGGUUUGAAAGAACAGAACAGUGUUCGUGUAUUUCUAAAGCUGUACCACACCCAGAAUAUAACAGAAGGAACAACAACAAGGAUUUUAUGCUCCUCCGGCUGGGAACGUGUGCCAGACUCUCUGAGGCUGUGCAGAUAGCUCAGCUACCUUCUGGCUGCCCUAGUGAGAGGACGCCAUGCACCGUCUCAGGCUGGGGCACCAUCCGAUCUCCUCAAGCAAGGCUUCCAUCUCAGCUGCAGUGUGCAGAUGUCAACAUUGUCCCAAACGAGUUAUGCAAUCGAGCAUACUACGGUGCUAUUACGCCAUUCAUGAUGUGUGCUGGAGUACCACAAGGAGGCAUUGACUCUUGCCAGGGUGACUCUGGGGGUCCGCUUAUGUGUGGCGGGCAACUCGAAGGUGUGGUUUCUUGGGGGACCCGCGUGUGUGCCCAGAGAGGGAAUCCAGGUGUGUACUCUAAAGUCUGCUGCGUUGUACCAUGGAUCAAGAAGACGAUAGGACAGAAUUGAUGACCACACCGGUGACACAGAAUUCAGCAGAGGAAAAAGCUUCUCCCAAAAGAUCCUGAAACUCAAUCAAGCCCCUUGUGCAUGCAUUUUCCUUCCCUUACUUCUCAGGUGUCCUAGACAUGUGAAGAGCAGCAUGCAUUCAGCAAAGUUUUGCCACAUUCACC